AUGAAUAUGUGUACGGGGCGGAAAAAGAAAAACAAAAUAAUAACACCAUUAGCCGAGGAUAUCGAUUAUGAGUUAAGUGGACUUUACCGAGCAUGUCGAGAUAACAAUAUCAACCAAGUGGAACGUCUGCUUAAACGCUUAAAACUUGACGAAAUUAAUCGCAUCGAGCCGAAUGGAAGCACUUCACUACACGUUGCUUGUCAUUAUAAUCGUGCCGAAAUUGUCCGCAUGUUGCUCAAAAGAGGUGCAGACCGAUUCAUACGGAACAGACAUCACAAUCUCACUCCUUUCGAGGAAGCAACGGAUCCGGUGGUUAGAGGUAUGUUUUACUUACUACACGAUUCGGAACUAUGCAUUCGUCCUGAUGGAACUAUCCCUUGGACUAUUAUAAAAAAUCAUUUUACUUGGGACAAUAUUCGAGCAAUGAAAUUGUAUUUAGAACAUAUACUUUGUAUACAUGGUUUAGUGACGAUGCUCAAUCAUCUACGUAAAUACUACUUACCACAUCUUGAUCUUUCGAAAAAGCGUGAACAAGUUGAACGGCUUUUUGACCAGGCCAUUGUAGAACGAUCUUCGGUCCCGAUCAUUCGCGCUUACACUCUAUCAGAAUUCUCGAGAAAAGCGAAUGAACACUUGGCUAAUGCUUUGUCACAACGUAUUCAAAUUGAUCCCGAAAGAAAUUCACGCACAACGUGUGCCUACUAUUUAGCAUCGAUUAUUACCUUCACGUCAGAUAAAGAGCUUCCACCAACAUCAUUUGACACAUAUCGUGGCAUUGUCAUGACCAAAGAUGAGAUAAGAAAAUAUCAUCGAGAUGAUAUAAUCGUGAAUACAGCUAUUGUUUCAACGUCGAAAGAUCGACAUGUGGCUCUCAUGUUUGCUAGCGAAGGUGUGGAACAAAGUUUGCGACGUAACGAGAAAAUGGACCGUUUGGUCCAAGUGGGUGUCGUAUUUCGAUAUCGGUUUCUUCCUGGUUCGACGCGAACAAUGGUAGUGAAGCAUGUGUCUGAAUUUCAGGAAGAACGAGAAGUCCUUAUCAGGCCUAUGAGUACAUUUAAAGUGGAGAAUUUACGGCCUUCGAUAUCUACGUCGGGUCGUGUCAUCGCAGUUGACAUGAUCGAGUUCGAUCCAAACGCGGCAGAUAAGGGGAACCUGUAUCGACCGACUCAGACAAAUAACGAUGCAGAACUUGAAGACAUGCUUUCAAAUUUUGAAUAUAGUCCACAAAAUGAGUUGAAUACAAUAAGUAAAUAUCCGUGCGUUACCGGAAAAGAUUCAAACCAAGCAGUUACUUCGAUGUCAGACGAUUAUGCGCCUGUUACUACUGAUCGCGGGCCUUCAACUCUAGAGCCAGAAGACGCUAAAUGUCAAGCAGAGAUUGUUGUAGAUUACUUCGAGGCUGACCCCCCCGUUUUCAGAGCGAUUAGUUCAGCACCAAAAGAAGAACCUGCUGAACGCCCGAGAGAGAUUGUUAAAGAGACAGUCAUACCUCAAUCAAACACCGCUGUUUCCUCUUACGAAGCUGCUGCACGUCGAAGAGAGAUUGUUGAAGAGACGACCAAAUCUCAACUAUACGCCGCUUUUUCCUCGUACGAAACUGCUGAACACCCGAGAGAGAUUGUUAAAGAGACAGUCACACCUCAAUCAAACGCCGCUGUUUCCUCUUACGAAGCUGCUGCACGUCGAAGAGAGAUUGUUGAAGAGACGACCAAACCUCAACUAUACGCCGCUUUUUCCUCGUACGAAACUGCUGAACACCCGAGAGAGAUUGUUAAAGAGACAGUCAUACCCCAAUCAAACGCCGCUGUUUCCUCUUACGAAGCUGCUGCACGUCGAAGAGAGAUUGUUGAAGAGACGACCAAAUCUCAACUAUACGCUGCUUUUUCCUCGUACGAAACUACUGAACACCCGAGAGAGAUUGUUAAAGAGACAGUCAUACCUCAAUCAAACGCCGCUGUUUCCUCUUACGAAGCUGCUGCACGUCCAAGAGAGAUUAUUGAAGGGACGAUCAAACGUCAACUAUACACCGCUUUUUCCUAUUACGAAGAUGUUAGUGCGGUUCCAGUGACACAUUCAAAUUCGGCUAAAAAACAAGAUCUGAUUUUAGAUGAUCUAUCAACUGCUGAUUUAAUUACUAUUAUUCGUCGUUUAUCGCGUGAAAUCGAUGGAAACAAUAAAAAUAGUUUAACUAGUUUUCACAAUUCGACAGAUGACGCUCUUAACAGUUUGAGCAAUCGCGCUAAUACCAAUGAAAUUAUAAUGCGUCUAUUAGAUCAAAAUGAAAUGUUAAUCAAAACUUUAUGUAAUAAUUAUGAACACAAACAAAAACAGUCACCUAGCAAUCGAAGUUCAACAUCUUCUAAAUCUUAA